AUGGCGUACUACGAACCGCAAGGCUGGCAAGCCCCUUCUUCCCGCCAGGCUUCCUGGGAGCAGCCUGUGCCUCCGUCGCGAUCAGGUAUGAAUCGAAUAUGCCAUUCCGCGAUUGAAGUUUCUGCGACACCGAAUCAAAAGCUCAUCUUUUCGUUUUCAGGAUCCAGUUCCGUCUCGCAACGUGAAGAUAUCCCCGCUUUCUCCUCGCAGUUUGACGAGGUCGAUCGCGCCAUUGACAACCUUGUUAAAAGUGGAAAACUCUGGGCAGCACCGCGGAGAGACUCGAUGCCAAUGAUGGUUGGCCGCCCCCACCCUGAGUACGGUACGGAAUCUCGACCACCUUCUUCAGCAAGGCCCUAUCCUGAACAACCAUUCACAGACCCGCGCAUGCCGAACCCGGCCCAGCGCCACCACUCAAUUAGCGACUUCGACGGCGCCAGGAUGCACCCGAACCCCAACAUGCAAGGCUACUACGCCUCGCAGCGUUUCCAAGGACGCCCCAAUGAAGUGGAUCAGAUGAUGCAAGCAAAGCGUCGGAUGGCGGCACAGCGUGAGAGGGAACUCCGCAACUAUCAUCAGGAGCAGCAGUACAACCGAAGCCUUCUCGCCGAAAUGUCAGCCGGCAAGUCCGACCGUUCGCUCAGUCCAGCCGCCGUGAACGAGGAGAGUCGCCGAGAGCUUCUGGCUCGCCAGCACAGGGCUUUGUACGGCAACGAAAGCCCCGCCUUCUUCCCUUCCACCAGUUUCGCUGAGGAUGGCUCCCGCCCUGAGAGCCAGGCUGGUGUUCGAGGCGCUUCCCCCCGCAGCGUUGAUCCCUUUAGCCAGGGUUCGAUCUCCGGCCCUGAAGGCAUCGCUCAGGCAAACGCCGGCCCAUCCGCUAUCCAAUCCCCCUCACGCGCGAACAGCACCUCUUCUCCGAGCUCCGCCGUUUUUGGAAAGUACGACAAUGCUGAACAGCCCGUGACCUCGGCUUCUUCGCCCGGAGCGGACUCUCCAUCCUCGAGACAGGCACUUUCGAAAUCGAGCGUUGGCCCUAUCGGCACUCGUCCGGCACAGCAAGCUGGACCUGCUCAGGUCCCCAACCCUGCUCUGAACAAGCGAUCCACGACCCCCCUGCCUUCGCCCCUGGGUUUCAGCUUCACAACCGGUGAAAGCAUCAAUGACCGCUCCAUGUCGAUGUCAGCUGCUUCCAACCCCGCCACGUCCGCCGCUGGCCCGUCCGGUGUCAAAGAUCCUUCCGGUGGCGUUGGGCUCGGCUGGAGCAACAGCAGCGGUGUUUGGGGCUCCAAGGCUGGACUGGGCGUCCAAGCUUCCGUUUGGGGUUAA